AUGAAAUUGUUUAAAUGGCGAAGGAAGGCGAAGGCCAAGUCUGAGCCUCCGGCCGAUCCAGCUCAACCCAAUUUUUAUUCUACUACAAUAAUAUCUUCUCAAAUAUCAACCAACAAUAAUAUCGAGAAUGCUACAAACAACAAUUUUUGCAACUCUACUGGUCAGCUAGCCGAUAGUGAGAAGAUUACUAGGCUGGGCGAUGUUGAAAGUAACAAGAUUACUAGGCUUAACGACCUAGAUAGUAACAAGAUUACUAGGCUCAAUGAUCUAGAUAGUAAUAAAAUAACCAGGCUUGGCGAUUUAGAUACACCAGGCCAAGUUAUCUUGAGCAAGUCUAGCAAUUUUGAUACGGCUAGCCAAGUAGGCCUUCCUCAGAAAACUAAAGGCAGAAAUUUUGGAUUUUUAUCAAAAUCAACCGGGCAUGUAAAUCAAAAUGUAAAGCCUUCUAAUUCUCCUAACUUGAACUUGCUAGCUCCAGCAAAUCCAGCUCUAAUUUCGAAGAAAAAUGCCCACACUUUUGGUACUCCAAGACCCUCGAGAAGCUCCAGUAAACGACCACAGUCUUUGGCUAUCAAUGAGAGUCAGGCUAAUCAAAACAAAAUGGACAUACCUUCAAAACAGCCAGGUAACAUGACGUUACAGUUAAACCAAAUUAACAAGGACAAUCUACUGAACGUUGUUCAACGGCUUCAGAAUCAAAAAAAUGAAAAUCAACUUCAAUAUCAACGAAAAUUGUCAUUAACAUCUCAAAAAUCAUCGAAUUCUCAGAAGAACUUUUUGCAUCCAAAAUCACUUCAGAACCUGAACCAACAGCCUCUAACUCAACAUCAAAGCCAGUCACAGUAUCAACAAGGUCAUAAUCUCGAAGCCCAAGAUCUUCAAGCCCUUUACCAGCAAGUUCAAGCUCAACGGCAAGAGGAAGAAUGUAGUAGUGGCACAUAUACACCAUCAGCCUCAACUCUAUUUGCUCAAACAGUCAGAACUGCGACUUCAGUAGCGUCAGCUACAAGCAUUUUCAAAUCCAAAAACGGCCCAAAAUCGAAGCGAAAAACAUCAAGAGUGUCGUUUCAACUAGGUCCACCAACUACAAUUCAACUUGGCAAUAAGAAGGCGAUGUCGGAGUGUGGUACUGUAUCUUCGAAACGACCAAAACCGGCUUUUGAAACGAUUAAGGAAAAGAAAGAUGGCAUUACAUUUUGCCCCAAAAUGUACAUCGAAUACGUUGUCAAGGUCUUUUUUUAUGGAUUUUGUGGGAAAAUGGGAAUUUUGGGAAAAUGAUAUUUUAAAAAUUUAAUUUUGAAAUUUUUUAAAAUAAAUUUCAAAAUAAAAAAAAUCUUCUAAAAAGCAAAUAUAAGGACGAAAAAUCCUGUUUAAAAAAUAAAAAGUUUUUUUAUCUAAAAAAUAAAAAAAAUUAAAUGACCCUUAUUAUUUUCAGUUAAGUGGCGACUGGACCCAAGUGGAGAUAAUUCAUUUGGUGAAUGAUCAAUCGGCCGGCCUCGGCUUUGGUAUCGUUGGUGGAGCGUCGACGGGUGUGGUAGUCAAAACGAUUCUACCGGGUAGUGCGGCGGACAAAGUAAGAUUUUUUUUUGUAAAAUACGGUUACCAUUUAAUUGUUUUGUUAGGUAAAAUGUAGGGGUGACAUUUAAAGCAGGGCAUGUCAAACUUGAGUAAGGCUUGGUAGAGUAGGGUGAAAAAAGAUAAGAUAGAGACUAGCAGGGUAUUUUAAGGUUGGUUAAGUUAUAGCAUUGUGGGGUAAGAUAGAUUAUAUUAAGGUACGGUAUGUUAAGGCAAUGUAGGACAGGACAGGGUAGGCUGAUGGUAGGGUUGAAUGUAAUAAUAUAGAGUAUAGCAGGGUAGAGUAGGGUAGGGUAGGGUAGGGUAGGGUAGUGUAGGGUAGGAUAGGGUAGGGUAGGGUAGGGUAGGGUAGGGUAGUGUAGGGUAGGGUAGGGUAGGGUAGGGUAGGGUAGGGUAGGGUAGGGUAGGGUAGGGUAGGGUAGGGUAGGGUAGGGUAGGGUAGGGUAGGGUAGGGUAGGGGGUAGGGUAGGGUAGGGUAGGGUAGGGGGCAGGGUAGGGUAGGGUAAAGGUGUAUUUUACUUAUUUUUUGAUUUCAGGACGCUAGACUGCACGCGGGCGAUCGGAUUCUCCAAAUCGGUCGGAUCAAUGUUCAAGGCAUGACCAGUCAACAAGUGGCCGCUCUUCUCCGACAACACGAACCCUACAUUGAAUUGACCGUAGGAAGGCCGGUCCCAAUUAAUGGCCCAACUCCGGACACUGAAAGUAAGAAAACUAAAACAAUGCCUGGGGGUUUUUUGGGAACUUUCGAGUGUUUUUCCCUUCUUUGUUAUUAAAACAGUUUUAAAACUUGAACAGGGGGAGGGUUAGUACUAUUAUGGGGGUUAAAGGGCAGACGAGGAUUAUCGCUAUUUUAUGGGAGGGAGGGGGGGGGGGGAGUUAAGAGUAGGGUUGGGUUCUCUUACUAUAAUAUUAAGGUAGAAAAGAAGAGUCGGCUAACACAGAUUGUAGUGCUAUGUUGUUCAAAUAAUUAUGUGAUCCCUAACACAAGGGUAGUAUUCACCACCUUGUCUUGCCUUGCCUUAUCAUGCUUUGCCUUGCCCUGCCUUGCUCGGACUUCUCCUGCCCUGCCCUGCCCUGCCCUGCCCUGCCCUGCCCUGCCCUGCCCUGCCCUGCCCUGCCCUGCCCUGCCCUGCCCUGCCCUGCCCUGCCCUGCCCUGCCCUGCCCUGCCCUGCCCUGCCCUGCCCUGCCCUGCCCUGCCCUGCCCUGCCCUGCCCUGCUCUGCCCUGCUCUGCCCUGCCCUACCCUGCCCUGCCCUGCCCUGUCUUGCCCUGCCCUGCCGUGCCUUUCCGUGCCUUGCCUUGCCUUGCCUUGCCCUGCCCUGCCGUGUUCUGCCUAACUUAGUAUCUUACCUUACUCUACCUUACCCUGCUCUCCUUGCUAUGCUUGCUUAAACUCGUCUUGCUUUUUUCUACUCUGUCUGCCCUAUCUUUAUUUUUCUACCCUACCUAUUAUAGUUAUCUCUCCGGCUCUGUAAUAAAGUGUUACAUUAAAACUUUGUGUCCUUUCCUAGGCUCAUGCCCUGAUUGUUUCAUCUAAAUAAACGUUAAAACUCAAGCUUAAAGACCUGUCAUCUCAAAUUAGAUUUGGUGGUUUUACUCUCUGAACGAUACAUCCUUAUCGUUCACUGUUUAACAGCAUAAUCCCCUCUGAUGACAAUUUAAAACAUGAGAAUUUUGUGCUUAAGGUUUUGUGCUCAAUUCCUUUGACAAAAUUCAAGAAAAUGGAAGCGACGUUUCUUCGUUUACACUUAUUCUUCUGCCCGCCCGUCUGUGUCAUAGGAUUAGGGAAGUACACAUCCAUGUCGCAUUAUGUUGGGGGAGGAUUUUACUCACCCCGCCGUCGUUUUUUUGAGGGCGUUAUCUUUUGCUGUAACUGGGUUACACUUUCGAUUUGACGAGGUUACAUUAUUAGAGUUAGGGGCGGCUAAAAUAGCGCCAAACUGCGUGAAUGAUUAUAUUUUUGGGUACGGGAGGUCAUUUUUAAAAAUUUUUAAGAUAAGCGUGGGGCAGCGGUAAAUUUUAUGUAUGUUUUUUAAAAAUAUUGGGUAGGGGAAUGAAGGGCAUGGUAGAUUUUUACAGGUAAGGACGGGAAUUUUAAAGAUUUUUUAAAGGUAGGGGUGAUUCAGGGUUUACGUUCAUGUUUCUUCUAUCUAUAUAAAGGGGUAGGGUAAAGAUGGGUACAGUACAUUUUUAUGUUCAGGUUAGCAGGUAGGGGCGGGUGGGACAUGUAUAGCGUAGGGAAGCAAUAGUAGGGUAGGGUAGAGUAGGGUAGGGUAGGGUAGGGUAGGGUAGGGUAGGGUAGGGUAGGGUAGUGUAGGGUAGGAUAGGGUAGGGUAGGGUAGGGUAGGGUAGGGUAGGGUAGGGUAGGGUAGGGUAGGGUAGGGUAGGGUAGGGUAGUGUAGGGUAGGGUAGGGUAGGGUAGGGUAGGGUAGGGUAGGGUAGGGUAGGGUAGGGUAGGGUAGGGUAGGAAGGGUACGGUAGGGUACGAGAUUAGGGUGAGGUAGUAUUUAAAAACUAUUAUUUAUUUAAAAAAGUAGUCUUUUCCUUAGCCAAAAACAAGUAUAGCACGCCCAAACUCAGUACGACAUACUCAACAAUUAACAUACGUUUCAUCAAUUUAUCCCCCCUCCCCAUACCUAAAACGGCCUUAAUCCGACCGGGGCAGAUGAACGCUCAAAAAGAAAGCGAAUGCAAUUUGGCUUCCAAAAUUUGCCUCCAGCCAUUUACUUCAACUUUCCCCCACGAAAUUAACACAUUUACUGCAUCCGGGGGGGGAUUUCGGCUUCUUCGAGAUUUGGGACUGUCCUCUGUUUUUUAUUAUGUUUUUUUUUCGUCGCCGAAAACGGCCUGAUGAUGGGCGAGGAAACAAAGCUUUUAUUAUUACUUUUAUCUUGUCCUGCAAAUUCCGCGAGAAUGUGUAACUGCUUGUGGCCUGUUUUUUGGUUUGUAAGAGUAAAGUGAGGGGGGAGAAAGUUUUUGCAGGACUUGAAAUAAAUGGUUUUUGAAAUUUAUAAAACAAGGGCUGAUAUUGAAAAGUAGGGUGCAACAAGAAACAUAAAAAAUUUUUAGGUGGGGAAUGUGGGGAAAAUUUUGGAAAAGUUUAAGGGAAGAGUAGCGUAGGAGAGAAGAGGAUAGGGUAGUAUAGGAUAUAUAUAUGUUAUGCAAUAAUAAUCUUCAUUCACAGCAUAUGAAAUGGUAGGAUAAAGUAGAACAGGAUGAGUAGGGCACAGUAGAGCAGAGCAUGGUAGAGUAGGACCGGGUAGAGUAAAGCAGGGUAGGGUAUGCUUCAGGGAGCUUUUGGGUAGGGCAAGAUAGGGUAAGGUAGAGUAAGUUAAAGUAGGUUAAGGUAAAUUGUGAUAGGGUAGAGUCAGUGAAGUCCUUAGGAUUCACCCCUUCCCUCUAGAGCCGAUCCGAAAAAAAAUUUUGCUGUACGUGAAAAAUUAGAAAAAAUUUUUGCGCAAUCGGUUCACUGCUAGCUAACUGUAAGCCAAAAAAAAUUUUUUUCUUUUACUUGCCUAGACAAAAUUUGUCUGGGUAGGGUAAGAAAGGUAGGGUAAUUUAGUGUAGGGUAGGUUAGGGUAUAUGGCUCAAUUUAUCAUAUUCAAUCAUUUUCUACAAUGAACGAAAAUAAUUUUCAGUUCAAUGAAACAACUUUAACUGUUCUGAGACAAAUUAGUACAAGGUUUUAGUACAUUAAAAACUAUAUUUUUCUAAUUUUCUCAUACUCACGCCAAAUAAACUUUUAAACAAUAAUAGCUGAGUUUCUUUAUUUGCAAAGCCUUGCAGAUACUUGUAGGUGGAUGGGGGCUGAUGACAUUAUGUUAUAGUUUAUUAUAAAUUAUAUUAUAGUAGUUUACAGAAAAUAAGGGCUAUUUAAAACUUGGUUUAAAAAAUAUUAUUUGAUGCCGACAUAAAGAACCGCCAUUUUUUACAGGAAAUUACAGGCAAAGUGUGGCGGGUUUUUUAUGUCGGAACCUAAUAAAUUGACUAUUUAAAUUAAAAAGGGUAGUAAUAUGGUAUAUACUUUACCUUUCUGUUAUCUCCUAAUUUAUCUUCGCCAAACCUAAGUCCCAAAAACGUCUAGUUCAAUUUGAACAAGAUUGGCAACAGGUGUCGUUUGGUUUUGUGAAUGGUUUGAUCUGCUUAUGACGAGGUUUUGUGGCCAAAAUCCUUUGCAGCCUCGGGCCGUGAAGACUUAUGACACGUGUUUUUUGCUUUCUUAUUAUUAAAAUGCUUAUAAUCAUUCAAGAGUUUGAGUGGUGAUGAUUACUCUUCCUUGUAAAUUUUUUUUUAGUUAUGUUAUACGGUUUUUUGAUUUAAGCCGAGGGGGGGGGGAUGCUUUUUUGGUCUUUUAUUAUAAUUUUUACUUUCAGCUUGCUGGACAAUGCCGACCAGAGCAGCGUUGACACCGUCGUUGUUGGAGGAACAGAUUAGGAACCGCGUAGCAUCCACAACAACGGCUUCAGAAACGUUGGUUGAAGAGUCGGCCGAUGCCAGUUCAGAUCAACCGGGAGGCUCAUCCGAUUCGACACAACUUGAGUUUGUUGCUGGAAGUGGUGCUGCUAGUCCGGGCUCAGGUGAACGACCGGUCGCUUCUGGAGAAACCGAGAAUAUGGAAAGUGAGACAAGAACUUCAGCUGGAGGGUCGGAAAAGCAAGGUGAAGAUUCUGGAACGGAUUCUAAAAGUCAUGGAGAAGAUCAAGAAGGAACGUCGAGGUUAAUUAGUGCUAAAAGAACUAGCACAUCGAGUACAACUAAUCAGGAAUCGAACAAAAUACCACGUUUAUGCAAUAGUAAUGUUCAUUCGAGUAUGGAGAGUAAUCACAAAGCUUCAGGGGCGUCAGGAGAGGGUAGAAAGACGUCUGGUACUAAAAUAGGUAACAUUUUUUUUUUAUUUUUUUUUGUUUUAUAUUGGGCUGUUCAAAUAAUAUAGCUUAAAGCCCUUUGUAUCUUUCUAAACCAUGUUUUAAUGAUUUGUGAAGCUUUCUACUAGCCUUCUAUCUUUUCAGAACCAACCUUCAAGCCAUCAGAGAUCCAAAUCCACACCGAUUGCACCCUCUCACCCUCAACAUCCAACGACCAAAGCCAUUCGUUUGGGCCAGAUAAAAUGCCAGAAAAACUAGAAUCCACCGACUCUCUUCGACGAAUCUCAAGGAGAAUAUCAAACGAUGUUGUGAAUCAAGUAAUGGGUGAAACUCGAAAAGAUUCUAAUGAAAUGAUGACAGUCAAGAAAGAGAGUAACCUGAGCUUCGACUCGAAACAUUCGAUCCAACCUCACAGUGGCAGUAACAGCAUAAGGCCGUCGAAGUCACCGAGUACGGAUCGCCCCAUGAGCUUGAAGAAUCUGCAGGAAAUGGUGGGUUUUUGCUCUGUUUUGAUUUUUUUUGUUGUUUUAGGUAGCAAAAGGCAUAAAUAUCUUUGCUUCUGGUGCUGAAAAAGGAAUUUUCAAAAAUUAAAAAUUUUUUUUUAAUUUUGAAAAAUUAAAAAAUUUUUUAAAGAGGUAUUUUAGGCAUAAUUUUUUUCUCCAAAAUUUUUUUUGCUCAAAAACUACCAAGUUUGAACAAAACCUUUAUUUCAAAAAACAACUGCGCUUCAUCAUUGCGGGCUGCGCACGCCUCUCUAUUUUCGCCAAAAACAAAAUUUUGUUAUUUUGGUCGAUAAAAAUAAAGGAGCCCUUUGUAAACCAAUAAGCAUGAGAUAUUUCGAACUAAUCUUUGUUUUUCUUAAACCUAUUCUUUACUUUUUGGAACUUUAUAUUGUUUUAGGCUAAAAAAUUGUUUUUUUUUAAUAUUUUUGUAUUGUUUUAGGCCUAAAAUGUUUUGAAAAUGGAAGAAAAAUGUAUUAAAUUACACUAUUAUUCGAAAUUUGUUCAGAUUUUGAAACUUUAAAUAUGAUUUUAGGCGUUAACAACGUUCUGUGCCGAGAAUUGGAUCCCAGGGAAGUACGAAGUGGUUGAAGUCACGUUAGAACGAGAUGCAGCGCUAGGAUUAGGCAUUACUGUGGCUGGUUAUGUUCAUAAGAAAGGUAGUUUUAUAUUUUUUAUUAUCUAUUUGUUAAUUUUUAUCUUUUUUUGUCGAAAAACCACAAAAAAUGGCAAUUUUUCCAAGGGGAUUCGAACUUUUUUGAUUUUCGACUUUUCAAAUUGGCCAUAUUUUUUGGACCAAUGACGUAUAAACUUGAAAAUGUGAGGUUAUGUAAAUCUUUUUAUGCUUUAUUAUAUUUAUGAAUUCAGUUAUCCAAAAAGAAUAUUUUUAAAAAUUUUGUUACCUAAAAAUUUUUUUGCCGUAAAAACUUCAUUACCUAAAAAUAAAACCACUCGGCUUCAUUUCGUCGUAUGUUCCGUAUCUUUUCUUGCAAUUACACACAAUUUUCAUCAAAUUCAUCAAUUUUUGUUUUUGGACCAAAUUAAUCGCAUAAAAGCCCCUGCGGCCCGUUUCCCCCUCCUUCGUCUUUUCGACGCCGUAGAAGGGCAUCGAAAGCCGCAAAUCGAAUCAGUCUACCUCCGGAAGGAGUAGUAGGUCGAGGGGCCAACCGCGAGCAGUUUUGUUGUUUAGAUUUGAAGAUGUUUUGCAUAAACUUUUGGCAUUCUUUUCAGCCCCAAAUCGGGCUAAUUUUUGGGCUGAAGGAGGGUAAAAUGGCUGAAAAUGGGGCUAAAAUAAGGUGUAAUGAAGUCUAAUUGAUGUUUAUGUUCAUUUAUAGUCUGCACUGAUUUUCCAUUUAGUCUAGACUGGCUUUAGGCUAGUCUAAGCUAGUUUUAAAGCUUUUCUAAGCCCAUUUUGGCUUUGGAAACCAUGAUUUUUGAAUGUUAGAGUAGGGGUACUUUAUAAAGUUAGUACUCUAAAAGUACUUUUUAAAUCUUUCUCAUAUUUGGCAUAUUGAAAGAGACUGAUAAAACCAAUGUUUCUGCAAAAUAUCAGAUUUUAGUGAUAAGCCAUUUUUAAAAUAUUCAGUUUUUAAAAAUAUUUUUGAAUUUUUUGAUUUUUUUACAUUAAAAUAUUUUUGCCAUUUCAUAUCAACUCUAUACCUAAAAACCAUUUUUUUCAGAAGAAAUCUCCGGAGUGUUUGUAAAAUCCCUAGUUCCAAACUCAAGUGCUCACUUAUCCCACCAAAUCAAGGUUCACGACCUUAUCAUUGAAGUGAAUGGCAUAAACCUCGAGAAAAAGCGUCAUGCUGACUCAGUACGAACCCUGGUAAAAUCCGGCCAAACUGCCAAACUAAGAAUGAUUCGCUUCACGCCGGAUUCGCCUCAAGCCAUCUGUUUAAAAAUGUUGUACGAACAAGAAGUGGCACAACAAAUCGAGGACGUUCAGUCGGAUUUGAUCGACUACAAAAGCUACUGGGCCAAUCGACUGGGAAGUGAUUACGAGAUUGUUGUAGUGGAUUUGAGGCCAGAUAGACAUACUGAAGAGGAUGCUGGUUUGGGGUUGAGUUUGGAGGGUACUGUGGAUAUUGUGGAUGGUACUCAUUUGUGUCCACAUCAUUAUAUCGAGAGCUUGAGGAAGGAUGGGCCGGCUGCUAGGAUUGGGGUUUUGAAGGCUGGCGACGAGCUUUUACAGGUAAAAUACGGAUCGUAAUAGUGAAAUAAAAAUUUUAAAAAUAUAAAAUUACUGAAAAUUUCGAUCUGUGAGGUUGUUCAACUAAUUCUGAGCCAUCAAACUCUGAAAAUUUGCUUUGAAAGGGGGCUCAUAAUUAUUUGAACAAUCAAGCGGCUAAAAUUUGAAUUUUUAAUGAAUUAAAAGCUGUUUUGAAAUCAAACUACACUUUUAAAGCAAUAUAUUUAAUGUUUAGGUAAACGAAUGUGCCUUAUAUGGAGAAAGUCACGUGACUGUACGCCAAGAGUUGGGUAAGGCUGCCAGCGCUGCCAACAAGAAUGACAAGAGUAUUCGACUGUUUUUGUGUCGAAAAAUUCAACAAGUCAACUUGUACAUGCCUAGUCCAGAACAAUCUCUACCUUUGGCUUAUCCUCUACUGGCUUCGGUUCAUGAUGACCGACUAGUCAAGGCUAAGUCUGAAUGGAGCUUGAGUUUGAGCCAGCGAGAGUACUAUGAUGUAAGUUUCGGGGGGUUAUGGUACUAUUUGAACUAUUUUUAACGGUACUGGUCCCCAAGAGAAUGGUCCUAUCUUUAAAAUGUUUUUAUAUUCUAAAUUAUCAUAUCUUUUAGAGUUAAAAAAUUUAUUCUUCAUUUCAGACAGCCCAACUACGCUCCCGCUCCCUAGAACAACUCAGCAGCCUAGCCAUCUGGAACUGCGUACCAAUAGUCGUAACUCUAGAAAAAGAUUCCCGAGGUUUAGGCUUCUCCAUAAUCGACUACCAAGAUCCUCAACAUACCAACGAAACUGUGAUAGUGAUUCGAUCGCUCGUACCGGGCGGAGUAGCACAAGCUGAUGGUAGAAUUGUACCUGGAGACAGGUUGUUGUUUGUGAAUGGAGUUGAUUUGUCAUCAAGUACUCUACAACACGCUGUGGAUGUUUUAAAAACAGCACCGUUGGGUUUGGUACGAAUUGGAAUUGCUAAACCAGUUCCGGUUAAUGAGGUAGGAAUUUUUCGAUUUUUUUUGUUUUUUUAAUUUUUUUGAAUUUAAAAAAUUUUUGGGUUUUUAAAAUUAAAAAAAAGUAUUUAAAGGACCAGGAUAGGCGUAUAUUAUGCUUUUCCAUACGUAACUUAAAAUAUUAUAAUUAAAAACUGUUAUUUGCUUACUGCUUUUUACAUUAGGACCACACAAGUUAAAACUCACCCUAGAGACCAUACUAAAGGUCAAGUCGUUUUGAAAGGAAAGUAGAUUCAAUGAAAGUCGUUAUUGAAGCUAUAUCUUCUUAUGAUAGGACUUUAAGUCGUCUUUUUGUACAUCGUUUUCUUAUUUAGAUUUUGGAAAAUCUUUAAAAAUCAGCUUUAUAUGGUGAAAAAUGAUUCCGAAGGGUCUUAAGUGAGGUUCAGAAGAGUCUUGAAUAAUAUAAAUUCUAAUGAUAUACAGUGAAACACCUGUAUAACGAAUUGCUCGGGGACUUGAAAUUUGUUCGUUAUAAAGGAGUUUCGUUAUAGAGAAGUUUUAAAUGCACUGUGUAGUGGUAGACGUUGUUCAUUAUACGGAAUUUUCGUUAUAGAGGAGUUUGUUAUGCAGGAGUUCCACUGUAUAACUUUUUUACUGUAAAAGAAGCUUAUACUAAGGAGGUUUGACUGCAGGUUUUUUUUCAAUUUGAAAUUGAUUUAUUUAUUUUCUUGACUUUUUUUAUUAGUAUCAAGUAUUGUUUUUCAAUCUUCUUGUUGUUUAUCUUUUUGUUUACACAAAAAAAGGUAUUUUUAUUUUUUUGCUGAAAUUUGAAAUCAACAGGGGGACCAAUUGCAGUAUUAUUGGAAAUUUUUUUGAAAAAAAAUUUGUUUUAAAUUUUUUGGACUUUUAGUUGGCUUAAUGUUCUUGUCAUUCAAUUUGUGAUGUUUUUUUCUUUAGGGACGGAGCUAGGAGAAAAGAUGCCGUCUGAAUGGGGUGGGUUUAUCCUACCCUAGAGCUGGUUCUAAAAAAAUAUUAAGAGGGUGCACAGGAGGUACCUGUGGACCCAAAAAGUUUUUUUUUUUCAAUUAUUAUUCACCUCUAGUCUAAUUCCUUUCAGAAAUUACAAAUUCAUAGUAAAAAUUUCUUCUGUAGUGACGUCCUUACUUUCCUCAAUUUCCACAUCUACACCCCCUCCAAACACUUAUAUUGUUUAUCGUGCAAUCCAAUGAUUCCUCCUGUUUUCCUCCCAAUUUGAGGACAAAUUUCGCUUUUUAUGUGAGAAAUUGCGUGCCGUCGGAUUUUAUUUCCUUAGGAAAUUUUUCUGGAGAGUAAAGAAAGAAAAACUUUCAAGGUGUGAUAUUGUUUUUCGACCGGAUAAAACGCUGCGUUCUCUUUUUUCUUCACCUCGAAUGGCCGUUAAAGCAUGAAGGAUUAAAGUUUUUUUUUGGUUUUGUUCUAACAAUCAAAAAAUAAUUUUUCCGGUUUUGAUGGGACUGAUAAAUAAAGUCAUUGUGUGAUAGGAUUGAUAAAUAAAAAUCAUUUUUGAAGGGCCAAAAACCGAAAAUGGAGGGAUAUGGGUGGUUUUACGGGAUUGUAGGGGUAUUGAACUGGCUUUGUCACAGGGCAGGUCAUUGAUGAGUUUUUGUAUUUUGCUAGACCCUGCCCGGUACAGGGCAUUGCAGUUUUGUACCUUGACCUAGGGCAGUGCACCCUGCUCUGUGUGCAAACUUGGUCUUGUAGUAGGAGUGUGAAAAGGGCCGGGCAGUUUUUAUUUUUUUUUUCAUGUCGCGGUCUGGUGAAAAAAAUUCCAGACCCGGUCAAAAAAUGAUAUGAAAACAAAAGAUUUCGAAAAAUUAAAAAAAUUUUGGAAAUUUUAGGUCCUGCACGUUUCAACUUUAGCUCAAGGCCGGGCUGAGCCUACAUAACUUCUUUCUCAUUUCCUAGUUUUACAUUUCCAAAAAGCAAAUUUUAUAAAUUUUAAAAACUUUUUUUUGUAAAUGUUGAUUCACAUUCAAAAAAAAUUUAAAUUAAAAAGAAUUUUUAAAAUUAUUGGGUAACAUUUCAAAAAAUCAAAUUUUAAAAACCAAUUUAAUAUUUUAUUGUGUGAAACCCACCACUUUUCUUCUAUAACGUUGUUCAAAUAAUUCUCUGCCACCUAGCCCCGAAAAUGUUCUUUGAAAGGAGCACAGAAUUAUUUGAACAACCUAAUAAAAGCCAAAAAAACAUUUAAACUUUAAUCGUUUUUACAUAAACCCCAUUGACAAUAUGAAAAUAUGGGAAAUCGAGACAAACCGUUCGAUCUGAUUGUUUUUUUUACUUUGCAUUCAUUCACUUGUCGUUUUUUUUGUGGAACACUGGCUUAUGAAUUAUCAUAUUAUUCAUAGUGUCUUCUAUGAAUCGUGCGUAAAUUUGUUUGCUUGAAAAAAAGAAGAAGAUACGUGGGCCAAGGAGAAUCUUUUAGGUGUAACAUUCUUUGCUUUUUUCGCUUUUUCUAAAGAAUCGAGUGCCGGAAUUUCGAGUUUUUUUCGAGUUUAGGGGUCUAGAUGUUUCUUACUAUUCCAAUAUGUUUUUUUUGUAUUUUGAUGAUAUUUGAAGGGAACGUAGGGUUAAAAAACAGGGAACUUUGUUUCAACUUGGGUGGAAGUUUAAGCAAGCAUUUUUUGGAGAAAAAUUGUAAUCUUGGUUAGUAGCGAGGUGUUGUUUUCAUCUUAACAACAGAGUUGCACUAACUAUUCCUCGGGUUUUAGAACGACUCAAAGCUGUAUCUUUUCAACAUGUAAGACCAUUGAGCGUACUGUAACUCGGUAGCCAGCACCAUGUAGAAGUUUUUGAAAAUGAAUUUCUUGGUAUCUUGUUAUGCUUUUACAUCGUAUAUAGGUCUUGUUCUAAAACCUGAUGUAUGUCUGGUACAACAUCCUUGUUGAACUUGAGCGAAUUGUUUUUGUUGCGUAAACAAUGUAAAAGCCUAACGUGGGCAGCUGGUGAUUUUAGCCUAGAGAAUUUAAAAACUUUUUUUUUGGUAUUUUGCAACAUAGGACUAGGCUUGAUAAUUUAGUCUUCUUCUUCAAAAGUAAAAAAAAAAAUUAUUGGACCAGUACAAAUUUUAAAAAAAAAUUUUAUAAAAAUCCACAGGGGCCAAGCUCAAUUUUUCGAAUAGUUUUUGUAUUAUAAGGCAGAAGUUUAGCUUAUAGAUUUUAGACAAAAAAUGGCUUUUUCAAAGUGUUAUAAAGCCUGAAGACGCAUUUGUUUUACAGGCGUGUUAAAACCACAUAAAAUUUUACUAGUUAACGGCUUGAAAUGUGAGAGGGAAUAUCCUUGGGUUUUGCUUGAUACAAAGUUGUUUUACACUAAGAAUUCAUAUAGAGGACUAUGCUAACAUACUUCGAAAAAAAAAUUUUUGUAUAGUACAGAGGAAGGGGUGAUUUAAAAUUUUUUUUAGGAGUGUAUAACUUGUGAUUUUUUAAGAUUAUGGUGUUGGCUUUUUAAUUUAUUAGGGUGAAAAGUGAUUUUUUGAGUAUUUGACCGACCUACCUUUUAGUACUACAAUAAGUUUUUUACUAUAAUCGAGCAAAAACAUCCCUAGUUACACCUCCAAACCUAAGAAAAAACUAAGAAACUGUCUACCUCAAUCAGUUUUGGGCUGCGGUAAUUCGGGCCGACUUCUUUUCCAAUCUUGGCAAACAUUCUAUGGCCAUUUCUUUCGCGAGACGAAGUGCUGUUGGCCAUUUAGCGGCUUUUUAAACGAAUUCUUAAUUUAGUGCCGCGGCCUAAAAAUCCAAGGAUCCACCACCUCACUUUUGUCUGGGCCAAAUUUGCGUAUGUUCGCGACUAAUUUUUAUGGUCGAUUUUACGCCGUUUUGGGUGCGAGGUUAAUGCGUUCGAGGGGUUUUGGGUUCAAAUGGGUUUGAAAUAUGGUCAGGGUUGUUAGGUUGAGAAUUUGGGGGAGGGGAAAGGCGUGGUGAGGGAUUGGUGAAAAUUAAAAAAAUAUAGAUACGGGAAGUGAUGUUUGUUUUUUAUAGUUUUUGAUUUACUAUUUAGCCUAUUCUAUCCGACCUAGACAAGAGAAACGGUCCGGGCCUGAGCGAAAUUUCGAUCGGGCCGGGCCUGAAAAAUGAGCCGGGCCCGGCCUGUUUCUCAUGCCUAAUCCGAACUUAUCUUAUCCUACCCUAUCUCGUUCUACCUUACUGUACUCUAUUCCACCGUACUCUAAAGGGACCAUCUUGGCUUAAUUUUUCGGCCCGGCUCACGGGUGGGACUUCGUUUGUAUUCCGGUCUUUGGUUCACAUUUGCCGGCACGUUCCUUUAUAAUUUGCUGCGACUUGGCUUGGGACCUAGUGGACUCCUUUUUUAGUCUACAGUACAAUUUUCAAACGCAAAAUAAAAAAACUGAAAAAUUUAUAAGUAAAGUAACUGUUGUUAUAGCUCCAACUCGGUGCCCAUUCUCCGAUAAUCAGCCGAAGCGAACGAUUACUGGCCAAGGGUUUAUCGCCACGAUCACGACGACGUCGCUUGCAUUUGGGCAACUCGGAACAAUUGCUGGGGUCGUUUCUCGGUUCUCAUACAUCUGUAAGCUUAAUGUUUGAAACAAAUUUUAUAAAACUCGUAUAAUUUUGGUCUUAGGGCGUGGGUAUGGAAAUGUUUUUUGAGUGGAUUGACGCAAAAUUAAAAAAAAUGUUUAGGCGGUUUAAGUAAGGGGUGGAUUUAAUUUUUACCCUACCCUUGAGCCAAUGUGUUAAUCUGUCUUGCCCAAUAUUUAAAAUUUGGUAAAAUACGUUGACUCCAUAAUUAUGUAAGUCUAUACAUUAUGUUUGCAGGUUAGCGCCAGUUCGGAGGAAGUUUGGAUUGGGGCAGACCUCUAUCGACGACUUAAUCCACAAGUAAGGCUUUACGUUUUUUGGCAUUUACUGCUGAGAUUAAGUGUUCGCGUAGCACGAGGCUUUGUUUGUUUGUGUAUUUGAAAAGUUUGCAAAUUUUUGAAAUUUUCGAAUUUUGAAAAAAAAAAUUGAAAAUUUUUUAUUCUAUAAUACUUUACUCUAGUCAACUCUAUUUCGUCUUACUUUACCUUACCCUACUCUAUCUUUCCUUAACCUACCUUAUCCUAUAUUACCCUACCUUACCCUAACUUACUCUACCUUACCCUACCUUACCCUAUUCUACUCUACCCUACCUUACUCUACUCUACCCUAAACUACUCUAUCUUGUACUAUCUUAUCUAAUCUCACUCUGCUCUCUUCUAUCUUGCUGUGUCCUAUUCUACCCUGAUUUAUCGUGCUUUACUAUACCCUACCUUACCUUGUUCUACUCUAUCUUAAAUUGUCUUAGCUUACUCUACUCUACUUAUAUCUGUUUUUCUAUACUUUACUUUACUCUACUUUUACAUACUAUAACUUGCCCUACCUUAAACUGUUUACUCUACCUUGCUUUAUUAAACCCUAUUCUACACUAUUUUAGUCUAUCAUACUUGUAAUUUUAAGCUCUGUUUUGUUGUAUAUUACUCUACUUUACUUUGUUAUAAAAACUCUUUUCAGCUCUACUUUCCCUCCUCAGGCAGUGCAACACCAACAACACCACGAAGUCAUUGCUCAAUGUUCAGCUGGACGCCCUGCUCGUCCCGGUCGGUUUCUCCGGUCGGUUCUCCAGUGUCAUUGAAAGGAAGUUGGUCAUACGAUGUCAUCACUCUACCACCUCAUUUGGAAAGGUCGAUCAAAGUUAUGAAAGGAGCGUUGCCAUUAGGUAUUGUACUUGAUGCUGACGUGGACAAAGCCAUCAAUGGGUGUGUGGUUAAGAACAUAUGUAGCAAGAAGGCUAUCGGACGAGAUGGACGAGUCCAGGUUAGUUGUUUUGAUUUGAAUAUUGGGUUUUUAGGAGAAGAAACGGUGGUAAAAUACGUGCAUCACAGUUAUAUAUUGUUAAUUUGGUAGCUUAUGUAGAGCUCUGUGGAAUUUUGCCUUUUAACAAAGUUUUGUCUAACUUACAGUAGUUUUUAGAAUACUGUAGAGUGUUUGAACUUUAAUAUAAUAAAAAACUUUAAUUUUAGGUUGGUGACUAUAUUAUUCGAUUGAACACCGAAAACCUACGAAAUGUCACAAAUUCUCAAGCACGUGCCAUACUAAAAAGGACCAAUUUGGUUGGUACUCAAUGCAAGUAAGGAUUUUAUGACAGAUUUUGUGAUCUUUCUGUGUGGUCGGACGUAUUUUACCAUAGAAGUAGUUGUUUUUAAUUUAUUUUUAUAUUAUUGUAGUCUUAUUGAAGCGAUUCUUUGGUCUUUUUGCUUUGGCUACAGAAGAUCAGUUCAUUCUAGGCUUAAUUUGACGUUUCUAUAUCUUGACAUUAUCUAAUUACAGUAAAACUCCUGUAUAACGAACUCCUCUAUGACGAAAAUCCCAUAUAACGAACAACUUUUGAAUCCCCGUCUACCAUUACACAGUGCAUUUAAAACUCCUGUAUAACGAAACUCCUUUAUAACGAAAAAAUUUCAAGUCCCCGAGCAAUUCGUUAUACAGGAGUUCGACUGUAAUUUUAAAUUGCUUUACUUAACGUUCUCAUUUAAUGUGCUUUAUCUUGCUUGUAAUCUUACCCUGUUGUAAAUACAUUUUGAGCUUGUCUAACAGGACAUUAUCCUACCUUAUCUUACUUGUCUUUUCCUUACUUCACUUUUUUUUAUCCUAUCGUACUUUUCUCUAUCUUGCCUUACUCUACUAUACUCUGCAUAAUCUUAACUUAUUCUACUCUAUCCUAAAUUACCUUAUUCUACCCUACACACUACUCUAUUUUACUCUUCUUUACCCUACUUUACUUUUCCUUGCUGUAAGCUACUCUAAACUACUUUACCUUAAUCUACGGUAUCGUACUUUACUUUACCUUAUCUUAUUUUUCACUGCUUUAUCUUGUUUUAUGUUGUCAUACUUUUUUCAGCUUUGCCCUUGCUUUUAUCAUGGUUCUACUGUUGCGUUAGUUAUACUGUCCCUUAUGUUACUAUAUUGGGCUGCUUUACAUUUUUCACUUUAACAAAAAAAUUACAGUAAUAAAUUUAAAAAUACAAAAAACUAAUUCAAAACCAGCUUUUUUUUAUAACAUGCAAUUAUAUUUGGUCUUGCAAAUGUUGCCCUUCUAUCCUGGCCCCAAACCUUUUCUUCGCUGGAAAUUGACUUCCGUUCCGUUUUCCGUCGCUUUCUUUAAAAAGAUUUUUAUUAAAAGUGGAUUUACGCACAUUUUCAGUAUUACUUACAUCACGGCCGCCGAUGCCAAACUGUGGAAGGAGCGCUUCCACCGCGAGCAGAAUCUCAACGAUCAGGGCGUUAGUCGGCUGUCACCCAAGUGAGUUUUUUUAGGAUGCUUUUUUGAAUGGGAGGAGGGGGGGGGGUGGAUUUUUGGAAUUAUUUUUUUUUGUUAUAAGGAUGGCGGAUUUUUUGGUUUAAAAUUUUUUUAAUGUAAUUUUAAGCAUUUUGGACAUAAGAGCGGGUAGGAUAAAGUUAUAGCCGGGUAAGGCAGGGUGGGGCAGAGUAGAGCAACGCAAGUUAGGGCAGGAUAGGUUAUUAUAGGGUAGAAUGGAAUACGGUGAGGGUAGGCUGAUGGUAUGAUUGAAUGUGGUAAUAUAGAGUAUAGUAGGGUAGGAUAGAAUAGGAUAGGGUAGUUUAACGUAGGAUGGGGUAUGGUAAGGCUGAAUAGACUAUAGUUGGGCACGGUAAACUAGCCUAGGGUAUAAACAAAUAAACUACAAUUUCGGAUUUAAAGUUUUUUUUCGAAGAACAAUUUAAGUUUUAUUGGCCAUAUAAAAACGAUAAAUUCUAUUUUGGGCCUUUCUUCACGUACACAGACAUUUCGGAAGCUAUACAUCAACUUUGGCAUUACUUUUAGAUUUAUUUUUAUUUACGUAUAAACAAAUUUUUGAUGCUUGCGUAAGCUUUUUUACUGAAUUUUGCUUUUUUUCUUUAAAAAUCUUUAAAAAUACAUUUUUUUGUAAAAACGUCAAUUACAUACAGGCUAGAGUAUUUUAUAUCUUUUUCUUAAAUUUUUAAAUUUGAGAGCUUGAUGCAGGGCAUGGGGUAAAGCAUGAGACAGAGAAUAGGGCAGAGCGUGGGGCAGGGCAUAGGUCAAGACAUGGAAAAAAGCAUGAUUUAGGGAGAUGGGGCAGGGCAUUGGGCAUAGACAUGAGAAACGGGACGGGCCGAACACUCAGACUCGGCCCGAUCUAAAUCUUGCUUAGGCCGGUUUGGCUAGAAUUUUUUUACGUGCAAAUGGCUCGCACUUUUCGGGCCGGGCCUUGAUUUUCAGGCUCGGCCCGUUUCUUAUGUCUAAGUGGGCAAGUGGGCAGAGCAUUGGGCAGGGUGGGGAAGGGCUGAGGCAGGGCAUUGUGUUUUUCAUUUUAAUUUUUGAAAUUUCACUGCCAUUUUGAGCUAGAUGAUUUUAAUUUUUUAUAGUUUUUAUUUUUACUAAUCUGAGUAUUUAUUGGACGGGCCCGGUUAUGCGGUUGGGUGCGCAUUAGCAUAUUGCAGUAAAGCAUGUUAUUAAAGGAGGAGGAGAAGUUGGGAUGGUUUAAGGUAAAAUUUGAUUAAAAUUAUUACCUAUUUUUUUUAAACGGUCAAAUUUCAAAAUUUUUUGAAGUUUUUUUAUCAUUUUGAAAUUUUUAAAAUUUAAAAUUUUUUGAAACCUCAAUUAAAAUUCGAUCGGAAAACCCGUCAAAAGCCAAUUUCGGACACUCGAUUAGCUUGAGUUGAUAUUGGCCAAAAAGUGGGAACAAACGACCUCCCAACAGAGCAAUCAUUCAUUUCCCUCCCUUCGGCCGUGUUCUUCCUAUAUUUUGACCAUCUUUAGACGAACUUUUUCGGCCCUUGAUUCGGUGGCAAAAAAUAUUUGUUUUUUGCUUUUUUGCGGCGGAAAUUCCAUUCAAUAAGCCAAAGGACGUGGCUAAAACACUGUCUUUGCGUGCUGGAACGGUACGAGGUUUUUGGGUAGAAAUGUGGGUUAGGGUGAAAAAAAUAAUGUCUGGGAGGAGGAGGAUGUGGAGAAGGUGGGGAAUUAAUGUGAGGGGGGGGGGAGAAAUAUGCGUCUGGGAGGGGUGGAAAAUGAUGUGGAUAGAAGGUGAGCAAGAAAUGUGGGUUGAGGGUGGUGGAAAAAUGCAUAGGGGGGCUGGGAAGAGAGGUUAAUGUGCUUUAAGGAUAAAAAUAUAAAAUAAGGGUCUGUGCAUUGUAGGGUAUAGUAAGUUAGGAUAGAAUAGAGUAGGUUAGGGCAACUUAAGGGAAACGAGAUACGAUAAAGUAGGUGGAGCGACGUAGGACUGGGUAGGGUAGAGUAAGAAAUGAUAAAAUAUGGAAGGGCCGUAAUUUGAAAAAAUAAUGAAAAAUGUAUAAAAAAGCAGACAUUUGUUUUCGCUGACCGUAUUUUACAUUACAUGGAAACUUUUGUAUAACGAACUCUAUUUUUAAUGUUUCUGUAUAACGGGGGGGGGGAUCUUCCUCUAGAAAAAAAAAUUUUGAAAAAUGUUGAACGUGGUCCUCUUCUGUGAUUUUUUGGAAAAUAUUUUUUACAAAAUGGCACAGGCGCUACCAGUGCCGAUUUUUUUGACCCCCGCCCUCAGACCAUAAGUCUCUGCUUGGCUUUGCCAAAAACAAUAAUUUAGAUUUUUUAGCUGCAGAUCCUGAAAAGUGAUAUUGUACUACUUAUUAUUUUACUUUUUCCAGGGUCCAUCCAAAAUUCUACCGUUCGCCAUUUCUGGGUCGAAAAGGGCUGCCAAAUCAGUCGUCACAGGAUUCGGUUGACUUUUGCCAGAACGCUCAGGUCAUGAGUUUGGAGCAGUUUAGUCCAGACAAUCGAAAACGGGUCGAACAACUCAUCGAUGAGUUUAUUAAGGUAAGGGUGGGGUAAAAUACGCGGAUGGGAUGAGAACCGAUAGGGUAGGGUAUAAGCGGAUGGAGGUGACGUAAAACGUAGAUCUAACGGCUGUGUAAAAAAAUCUAAUGAAAAAGUGCAAAAAAAAAUAAAUUGAAAAUUUUUUUACGUUUGGUGAUUUAAAAUAUACUGUAAUUUCAAAUAUUUUUAAAUUAAAAAAAUUUUUUGACCAAAAUGACUUUUUUGUUCAGGCAGUAUUUGAUGAUACUGUGACGGAACUGAGGACAAUCUUUCGAACACCAGAAUGGUCGAAUAGCUCAACAGGAAGGAGAUCAAAAGAUAUUGAUGAUAAUGUAAGUUACAUUCCAAAGCAUAUUUUUUUCAACUUUUAAUUGUUAAUGCAAAGCUGCGUAAGGUAGAGUAGGUUAAUAUUGUGUUACUCUCUGAACGCUUAUGGCAAACUUAUGAAUUUUUAAUCGAUUUUUUGCCAUCUUUUGACUAAAUUUUGAAUGUUUAAGUAUUUUUGUUGUUUUUAGGUACAUUUUUAGGCAUUGUUUUAAUACAAUUAUAUGUGACAACUCAUAAAACAUUUAAAACUUGACCUUCCCUUUUUAAAGUUAGUAGUUACACCGUUUUACAACCAGUUAAACCCUACUGUUCAUCUUGUUUUAGGCCUCAAAACCCCCGCCCAUAGCGCCAAAACCUGUGUUUCUAACGAAACAAGGAGCCUACACAUCUGAACCUUCUACAUCUACAGUUGAUAUUACUGUAACACACCCUCAAGAGUCUUAUCGACAAGAUUCGGAAGACUUUCCACCUCCUCCACCACUAUUACCUACAAUAUCUGAAAGCGUAUCUGAAGCCAGCUCUUCGAAUACUGCGAAUUAUGUUGAAGAAACUGUAGAUAGGGUUACUGUAGAUGAACUUGGAAGGGUGAGAAUUGAAGCUGCUGAUAGUGGGAGUACUGUUAAGGAUGGAAGUAGUAGUGAUGGUACUGUGAAGGCUACUGGAAGUGCUGUGACUGCUUCUGAAGCCAGUGUAAAUAAUACUGCAGGUACUGUAACUACCACCCAGGGUAUUGUAAACGCUACUGGGGCUACAGAAGAUUCUUCUAAACCUUUUAAAGACACAAAAUCAGAAGUAAAAUUAUCAAAAACAACUACAGAUGCCCAAGAUUCAGAAGUACUAGACACAAAAGAAAACUACAGUACGAAUACCGUACUAUCAGAGCACAAACAAACAGUCAAAGUAGAGGUAAAUUAUGAUCCAACCAAAGAACGAUCUAACUCACCGCCUCUCCCUCCGCCGCCAACUACUCUACCAUUGGUACUGGAUAAUACCAGAGUAAAUGGUGAUGUUACCCACAAUAAAAAGAUUGUUCACGAAGCUGAAGUCGAAGUAAGAGAGCCACGACAUUCAUUAACAACUGAUGCUUCAACUAAUACGUUGGCUAGCUCAGCUUCAGGGCAUUCGGGCAGGGAAGAUCAGGUGAGUAUAGUUAUUGUAAUAAGUUUGGAGAGUUGGUUGAGUUUAUCAAUUUGCUUGUAACUUUGUCGUAUGUUACAUGAUCAUUUUGGUUUUUUGGGUGAUUGUACAGAUGACUAUUACCUUUAUUUUGAAAAUACAAAUAAUAAUUUUGACAGAAAAUUAGUUGAGUUAUAAACGUUUUUGGAAACAGCAAUAAAUGGGAUAGUGUAAUUUACUUUUUUUUAUUUUUUAGUAUUUUACAGAUUAAAAGCUUACUAUAUAAAAUACGUGAAACAUAAUGCCAAUUUGGCGGGAAAUUUAAAUGUGAAUUUACUUGUCGAUUUCCUUGGUUGGAAAGAUUUAAUACUUUUUUGAAGAUUGUAUAUUUACAUGAGCUUUCUAUAUAGAAUGCAAUCAGAGCAGUAUAUAACUUCUUUCUUAAAAAAACAACAAUAUAUUUUGCAACAUUAAAUUACUCUAAAAAUCUUAAAAAUUGUAUAAAUAAUAUGUUUUCAGCCCAAGAAACGUGCCAACUUUUGGAGCGAGGAGCGUUCCGUGGGCCUGAUUCGCGAGCCGAACGAAACAUUCGGGAUUAGCAUAGUGGGUGGUCGGGUGGAGGUCUCGCAAAAGGGCGGAUUACCCGGCACAGGAAGCACGGUAUCGGGCAUUUUCAUCAAGUCCGUUCUGCCCGAUUCGCCGGCCGGAAGAUCGAACCGAAUGUUCAUGGGCGACCGGGUCAUCAGCGUAAGUUGGUUAUAAUUAGGGGGUGGUGGAUGGUUUUAAUUAGGAGAUUUUUGAGUUUUGAGUUUUUUUAUGGAAAGUUUUUGUUGUUUUCUGCUUUGUAAAGGAAGUUCUUGCAAUUUUUUAUUUUGUAAAAAGGUUUUUGCUAUUUUGUUGUUUUGCAAGGAAAGUUAUUGCCAUUUUUUGUUUUGUAAAGAAAGUUAUUGCUAUUUUUUGUUUUGUAAAGAAAGUUCUUUCUAUUUUAUAGUUUGUAAAGAAAGUUCUUGUUAUUUUUUGUUUUGUAAAGGAAGUUCUUGCCAUUUUUGAUUUUCGUAAGAACGUUAUUGCCAUUAUAAUUUUUAUGAGUAUGGGGUGACAAGUUAUACGAAGGAUAAUAUUUUUGUAGAGCAGAAAGUUUUAAAUUUUAUUUUUUUUUUAAUUUUCAGGUAAACGACGUUGAUCUCCGCAGUGCCACCCACGAGCAAGCCGUUCAAGCCAUCAAGAAUGCCAAGAAUCCCGUAAAUUUCGUGGUGCAAUCGCUGCAAAGUUUCUCGGCCGAUAAAGUAUGUCCUCAGGGCUUUUCACAAUUUUUUUUCAAAAAAUUUCUAUAACCUUUUCAAGAAGAUGAAAAGUAUUUGUAGAAGACACUUGAAGAGCAAAUUCGCUUUUUUCUGCUUCAUUUCGCCCGAGGGCCUCAUCCAUAAGGCCCGUCUUAUACAUCGGUUUCAGAUGUGGACGUGGCCGUAAGGGGAGGGGGAUAUGUAAUUUAUGCGACAACAAAUAAAUUUUUGACAGUUGAGAUUUUGGGUGGAUUUUUUUUUAUUUAGAAGGGGGGGGUUUGUUGCAUUUUUUGAAGUUUUGAAAAGAAAAAUUUUUAAAAAAAGUUAAGCAGAGGCUUGGGUUUUUACGGGGAGAUACAAUUGAUAGAGCACGGUAAGCGCAUGACAGGGUACCUUUAAAAAAGUGCGCUUUUCGACGUAGGGUGGGGUAUAAUAUGUUAAUAAUAGAGAUAACAUAUGGUGGUGUAGGAUAGGGCAGGUUAGAGUAGGGUUUAAUAGGGCAAGGCAGGGUAAGUUCUGGUAGGUAAGAGUUGAGUAUAGAAAAGCAGAGUAAAGUAAGGUAGAGUAGGGUUGGGUAGGGCAGGGUAGAGUAGAGUAAGGUAGGGUAGGGUAGAAUAGAGCAGGGUAAUGUAGGGUAGGGUAGAGUAAAGUAGGGUAAGGUAGGGUGGGGUAGGGUAGCGUAAAGUAAGGUAGGAUAGAGCAGUAAAAAGCUUUAAAUUUCGAAUUUUUCAAAAAAAAUUUUAAUUUUAAAAUAAAAAAAAUAUUUUUUUUCAGUUUGCCAAAAAGUCGGAAGAGCCUCGUCAACAGAAGAUCGAGUUGAUUCACAACAAAAUCGAGCCAGAAUCUAUACCUCAAUCAGCGAAACCAAACAAAGAACCUCAAAAAGACGAGAAACUAGAUGAAAAGCACGAUAAAGUAGAACAAAAACAAGAAAAAGAGGAAUUAAAAGAAGAAGAAAUAGACGUAAAAAUAGAAAAACAAGAAGAUAAAGUAGAAGAGAAAGAAGUAGAAGUAAAAGAAGUGACUGAAAAUCGACCGGUCGAUAUGGUUAUCAAGCCAAAGAUUGAAGAAGACAGUGCUGCUGCAUUAUCAAAAGUGGCAGAUGAUAAGGAGGAAGAGGACCGGUUUUUAUACACUACAGGUGGGUACUGUAGUUUUUGGUUACUGUAGUAUUUUUUAUCAAUUUUUUUUUGUAAAAUACGCAAAAAAUAUUAUUAAUAUUAAAUCUUCCACUUUUUUUAUAUUAUAUGAUUUUAGGUAUCAAAUUACAUAGUAAAAUUAAUUUUUUAGAAAAGGUGAAGCGAAAGUACGGUAAUUUACCAGGCGAACCUACAAUCCUACGACUGGUCGGAAUACCACCGAAAGGCUUGGGUUUGUCUUUGGCUGGUCGAAGUGAAAACGAAAAACAAUCAGUUUUUGUGGUCGAUAUCAAGUCCACCUCACCACUGCCACUUCAAGUCGGCGACGAACUUUUGGAGGUAAAAUACGUUUUUUGUAUAUUGGCCGUUCAAAUAUGAAUUUUUAAGAGUUUUUGAUAAGGUUUGGCGGAUAAGGGUAGGGCAGCUCAGGGUGGAUGUAGGGUAGAGUAGGGUAAAGUGAGGUUUAGUAGAGUAGGAUAGGGUAGAGUAGGGAAUAGAAGGAUAGGGUUGAAUAAGGUACAAUGGGUUAUGGUAGGGCAGAGUACGGUAGGCUAUCAUAGGGUAGGGAAAAGCACUAUGUAGCAAUAAGUUUGUGAUUUUUAAAAAAUUUUAAAAUAAAAAAAAAAUUUUAGAUAAACGGAAAAGUCCUUUUUGGCCUAUCUCACCAAAGUGCGUCGAUUAAGAUCCGCGAAUGUUGUGAAGGCGAUGAACUUGCAUUAGUAAUCUUACGAACAGGCAAAGCCCCGCCUUCAACUGUCGAUCGGUUGAAGGAAAAGUUGCCGGCAACGGCAACAAGUUCAGCUCCUACUGAAAAGGUCAAUCUGGUGAGUUUUAUUGGGCGUAAUUGAGUUGAAAAAGCUAAAGAAUUAGAUAACCAUUAUGAUUUUUUAUUGAUCACGUUUUCGUGGUGGGAUAAAUACUUAUUUUUUGUGUUUUUUUAGAGAAAUUGAAAUUUGAAAAUCUUUCUAAGUAUCGUUAUUUUAACUAAUCAAUCUGUUAUAUAUUAUUGUAGUUUUUGUUCAAAGUAUUGAUUUAAUUUAUUCAAAAAUUUUUUAAAUUUUUGGCGCUUUUAUCAAACUUUUUUGUAAAAUACGGUUGGUUUAGCGUUCACGUUUCAAAACUAGUUUUAACUAUUACUUAAGUUGCUUAAUUUUGAAGUUUUUUUGUAGAUUUUCAAACUUUCGUGGUGGGACCUAAAUUUUUAUUUUUUUUUGGAAUUUAAAGUUUUGGCUAUAAAAACAGGUCUUGUUAACUUGAAUUAGAUUGCUGAAUAUCUUUCUUUUAAAGAUGUUGGAGGGUAGGGUAAGGCAAUGCGGGGUAAGGUAACGUAGUAUAGGGUAGGGUAGAAUAAGGUAGGGUAGAGUAGAGUAGGGUAGUGUUGGAUAGGGUAAGGUAGGAAAACAAUUUUUAAGGAUUUUUUUGUCUUGACUUGAAAUUUCUUUAAAUUUCUUUAGCGGUUUUUUGGUUCAUUUUUACUUUUUUUGCCAUUUUUAGCUAUUUCUUAACUGUUUUUUCUAUUAUCACCUCAUUUUCCAAACUGUUUUUGCAAACACUGUUGACUGUAAUACGUAUCUUGCAAACCGUCCUCUAUAUCUGUUCAAAUUCAUACAAAGUGUCUACACGAGUAGCGGGGCUUGGGGGUGAGGAGCUGUAAACAACCAUUAUAUUAUGCCCGAUAUAUCUUUUGCACUUUAUGGGCAUUUGUUUCGCACCCGGAGGCGUUGAUUCGAUUUAAAGCCGAGAGUCUCGAAUUUCCGUCCCGAAAUCUUUUGAUUGCCGCGAAAACGGAAAGUGACGUUCUCACUGUUCCACUAAUACUGUGGAACGUGCCGCGGUUUCUUGCUUCUGACUUUUGUUUAGGAGAAGUUGAAAUCUUUAGAAUUCUAGUUGAAAUAGGGUAGGGAAGGGUUUAAAAUGAUAGUGUAAAUGGGAUUUUAGGGAAAAUUUGGAAGUUUUGUAGGCUUAAAGAGUUUAUUAAUGGAACUUUUUGUAUUUAUUUUUUGGUUUAACGUUUUUCCACGAGAAGGACAACGUCGCAUGGAAAUUAUCUCAGUUUUAGUCAAUGUUUUUGUACUCUUACGUUAGUCAGAAAUUGGUUUUAGAAUAGCUAAAGUAGCUCUGCUCUAGACUAACGGUAAGGGUAAGGUAUGUCCUUUCCUUAGAUGUACUUGACUCUACGUUUGGCCUUAGUUUUACUCGAGCCCUAACCUCGUUCUGCUGGGACCCUAUUCUUGUCUUACCAUGGCCUGACUUUAGCUCUACCAUAGCCUUUAGCUAGAUGUGUCUUAGCUCGAAUUUAGUCAUUUUUAUCCUUCAUUGAUCUACUUCAUUCUUACCCUAGCUUUAGUCUUACUUGAGCUAUAUCUUUGUCUUAUCAUAGCUUGGCUGUAGCCCUACCUUCAUCAUAUCUUACUCUACCUGGCUUUUUUGACCAUAUAUUGCCUUAUUGUUUCCUGCUCUAGUCUCACUUUAGAUUAGCUCUAUCUUUGUCCAUAGCCUGACUUUAGCACUGCCCUGUUUUUUCUUAGCUGUGCCUUAGCUUUACACUAGGCCUAUCUUAUACCUUUUAGUUUUGUCUUUCUUGCCCUAUCUUAUAAUCUUUCCAUCCUACUUUCUUAUAACUACCCUUCUACGAAAAUUUCCAAAAUCCCAGUCAUAUUUUACGAAAACUAUCCUUCCACAACACCUCUCUAAAGCCCUUAUUCCGCAUUUAUCAGUGGAACUUAAGCGAGACGGCUGUGAGCACGCUGAAAUCCUAACAGUAAUUCCAGAUUAGGCGUGUGCCUGCAAGCCAUUUCUCAAUUUUCAAUAUUUUUUUUGUAAAUAGAUGAUGAUGAUGUGCUUGUUAUUGGGGCCGUACCUGUUCUCCUCGCUUUUUCUCAUAAAUUGGAGGAGGGGGGAGAGACGGGUUGUUUUUAUUUUUGUUUUUCUCAUCAUUUUUCUGGCUUUGGAUUUGAGGAAUUGGAAUAUUUUUGGGUUAGACAAACAUUAUUAUGAAUUAUCUUCGAAAUAAAAAGAAUUUUUGUGUUUUGGAGGGUAGGAAGCGGCGGGUAGGGAAUUUUUGAAGUUGUGGGAGGAGGUGGGAAAAGGAGAGAUGGUAAAAAAUUUGUGUUUUCGAAGAUAGGAAGAACUGGGUAGGGUAAUUUUGAGAUAUGUCUUUUUAAUUUUGGUUAAGGGGGGGGGGACCUAAAAAUUUUAAAUUUUUUUUACUGUUUUUUUUUUCACUUUAACUCUUCUUACACCCUGAUCUUUUUAUCUAUGUUUUUUCCUUCCUCUCUCCCCCCCCAAACAUACAUGAAAUUAAAAUAAUUUUUCUGAGAAGUGGGGUGUUUUUUUUUUUCUACAUUUUUUUUGAAAACAGGGCUUAUUUAAAAAAUUCAUUUUUGUGUUUUUAUUGUAAUACGUCUUGAUUACUACGCCCGAUGUCGUAUUUUACCUUUGAGUUACCUAUCUUUAAACUUCUAAGUAAAAGAUUCCUCUAUAACAAAAUUUCUGUAUAACAGACAACUUUUAAAUUCUUAGCCAACACUACACCGUUCAUUUAAAACUCCUGUAUAAUGAAACUCCUUUAAAAAGAACAAAUUGUGAAUGGUUAAAAAAUUCAUUCAAGGGUUGUACUGUAAUUUGUUUAUGAAAUUGUGUAUGAUAUAAUUUUGAAAAGGUGGGAAAACUCGAAUUUUUUAUAAAAAACGGUUCGUUAUAUAGGAGUUUUACUUCAUUUUUUAUAUUUUCCUUACUUUCUGGCUUCAAAAUUGUAAAUUUCGAAAAAAAAAAUGAUUUUUGGUUGUGUUAUGUACAGAAAAAAGACAUUAUUUACUCAACGCCACGAACUAACGGCCCAAGAUACGAAGUGCAAUGUGUGGUGGUAAUUAAAAAACAAGUCGGCGGUCGUUGGAAAUGUUUUUUCCUGUCGUUUUUCCACACAAAUUGCGUCGAUUUCGAAUAUUCCCGUGAGAUUGUGCCAGUUGAAUGUGCGCUUACUUUACUGAUUAUGUUGUUCUAGUCGCGAGCGAUGAUACGCAAGAUUAGUAACCGGCUCUAUCGCAUUGGAUUGGUAAGGUUGAGGUGUUAGAUAGCUUGUGAGGUUUACUUAGAUAGGUCAUGAUUUUUACUUAGAUAGCUCAUGAGGUUUAUUUAUAUAGCUCGUGAGGUUUACCUAGAUAGCUCAUGAGGUUCAUAGAUAGCUCAUGAGAAUUAUCAGCCCGUGAGGUUUACGUAGUUUAUUAUAGCUCACGAGAUUCAUCUAUUUAGCUCAUGAGGUCCAACUAGGUAGCUCACGAAGAUGUUACUUGGUCUCACAACGGAAACGUUGGGAAUACAUUUUUUUUAUAAAUUUUUAGCGUUUUAAGCAAAUAGUUGUUGUUAGAGACAUUUAAAAUUAUAUUUCUUUAAAUUUUUUUUUAAUUUUUGGUUCCACCACGAAAACUCUGAUUAUCAGGAAGACUUUGGUUUUAAGCUUUAAAAUAAUGUUUUUUAUACAAUAGAAGAAGUCUACAAAGUUGUAACUAAUUCGUAUAGUGUAGUUUUAAAAUAUUUACAGAUUUUUGGUUUCACCACGAAAAGCCUGAUUAUCAGGAAAAUUUUAAUUUUUGGCUUAAAAUUGAGUUUUAAAUUUUAAAUUAGUAAUACAAAAAAAAAGGUUUUUUAAUUAAGAAUGUGGUGACAAUGCCGUAUUUUACAUUACAAUAAUCAUAAUGUUACAGGGAGAUGACCUAACAACGAACGAGAAAGAACUAUCGCCAAAGCUGUCAUUGCCAGCGAAUUUGACCAGCAAUGGGUCGCAAAAUGGUCAAACCACAACACCCUUGAGUCUGCAUGAUGUUUCGAAGACAGAUGAUUUACGUGAGUUUUGA